AUGGAUGUUAUAACGGAAUCAUUGAUUCCUACAAAUGUUCAUGAAUUUCUUGUAAACUUUUUUUCACAAAAUCUAACAGCCAAGGAGUGGAAUUAUCAAAUUGAUGAUUUAAGAGCACCGAAUAAGGAAGAUUUUAUCAUGAAUUCUGUAGUUCGGGUUUUAUGUAGAACGUUGCCACAGUUGUAUAUGCAUUUCUGUGGUAUAUCGCGGAUAUGCAUUAUGAAUACGUCAAAAAACCAUGUUAAAGGCAAUCGUGCCGACAGGAUCAGUUAUAUGACGGAUACGGAUAAACACCAACUAAUAUAUAUGGAAGGAUCUCGACCAGUAACAAAAGAUGAAAAAGAAAUUAAUGAUUUAUUGGUACGUGAUGUUACAGCAUCUUUUAAUAAUGCAAGGGCUGAACCACGACUUUCGUUUGCUGAUGCUCUUCUUCGACUGGAUUAUUGA